CACCAUUUUGGUUUCGGUUUAUGUAUAAUUAAUGACAGAAUAAGUGAGGGAGCCGAAAUGGCGUCCGUUUCCUAACCUCCUGAGCUUAGUGCACUAUCAGCCACUGUGCGCAUGCCAACUGGCUGCGCAGAAAAAAAUAGUAGUGACUAUCAGGCGAUCGAGAGGAAGUGGCGGGGGAUCUAGGUCCGCACCUUUUCCGGUAGCAAGGAGCCGCUGCAACUCAGCGACUGAAAAAAAGAGGCGAGAGCGGUGUGAAUAUAUCGGGGGGAACGGGGGGCAAUCACAGUAGCAGGGAGAAGAGAAGAGGCUCUCGGAUGAAUCGAUGACCUUUGGAAUUACGGAGACUCGAGGGGUUCCGUCUCCGGUGAAAGUGAAUGUGACUCGGAGCCAGGCUGUGCCCGAGGAGCCGCUGAAAAUCGCGCCCGGCAUUUGCGGAUCGGAGCAAGGACGGCGAGGAGACCCCGGGACAGACACGCUAGGAGGAAGUCUGAAAGUACCGCAGGCUUUUGAAAGGGCCUAAUCGGAAUCCCCGCAGUUUUCAGCCACGGCACUUUUUCUUGGACGUUACCAAGUCCAGUCAAACCACAGCAAGGGAUCUUUUAGGGCCUGGACCAGGCAAUUUACAAAUCGUUAAGGACUACUGUUGAAACAAAACGAAGGAAUUCAUGUGGACGCGGGGGCUUCGGUUUGAAAUCAUUUAAGCUAACGAGUUAGCUACCUUGCUAACGUUACCUACCUUCCACACCCUCCCCUUUCUACACGAUUCCAGCAACUGGAUUCAUUUGCACGUUAAACUCCAAAAUUGCAAGUCGUAUUCAUAUGAAUUCCAAUUCAAAGUAAACUGUAUACGAAACGGUAUUUUGUCAUUCUUACAACUUUUACAUGAUUCUUCGCCACAUUUUUAAAAACCCGACACGAUACUAUAAGUCAAAGUUAGUGUUGUUGGUAGCUUAACCUUUUUGAUUGCAAAUAGCUCGCAACAUUUUAUCAGUGGACAAUUGCAGUGGACGAAGCACAUGGCUUAGCGUUCACCUCCAGUGACAGCUGUCUGGUUUCAUUUAUUUGAUUAAUUGGUUGUUGUCUUCAGCCUGCACUUUCUAUUGAAAAAGCUGGCAGAUUGAACAUUCAGCAUUCGGUGUUUGGAGGCACAUUAAGGGAAAUAAAAACAAGUAAUAACCUAAUUUCUCAAAGGACGUGGAUAUUUAUGCACCAUCUACAAAAUGGGGAAAAUGCUAUCAAAAAUCUUUGGCAACAAGGAGAUGAGAAUAUUGAUGCUUGGACUUGAUGCCGCCGGUAAGACCACCAUCCUUUACAAACUGAAACUGGGACAGUCUGUCACCACUAUACCCACCGUUGGUUUCAACGUGGAGACUGUCACCUACAAAAACGUGAAAUUCAACGUGUGGGACGUCGGGGGCCAGGAUAAGAUACGGCCCCUAUGGCGGCACUACUACACGGGGACCCAGGGGUUAAUCUUCGUGGUGGAUUGUGCGGAUAGAGAUCGGAUAGACGAGGCGAGGCAGGAGCUGCACCGCAUCAUUAAUGACCGGGAGAUGAGGGACGCCAUCAUCUUGAUUUUUGCCAAUAAGCAAGACCUGCCUGAUGCCAUGAAGCCGCACGAGAUCCAGGAGAAACUGGGACUGACCCGCAUCAGAGAUAGGAAUUGGUAUGUGCAGCCCUCCUGCGCGACCACAGGUGACGGACUAUACGAGGGCCUGACUUGGCUGACUUCAAAUUACAAAUCUUAAUGAUCGAUUGACUGGUUAGAACAAGCAUAUAAAUACAUACAGAGGCAAUUAACGAAUAACUUGGCUUCUCAUACGAAUAUAUAAUAAAGAGAAGUUUGAUUACAUUUCCCUUUCUUUUGACUAUUAUGAUGACCCCUAUAACUAAUCAUUUUUCUUUGAACAGACUGAAUUGUUUGGCUGUCUUUUUUAGUUUGCUUUUGCUCUGUAGUACGCCUGUGUCACAUUCUUAGUAAUUAUCCUGACUUGGAGAUAUAUUCGAUAAACAACCUUUAAAAAGUAACUUCAGAGAUUACCUUGGAUGCUAUUCUUCUUUGUUUAAUUUCUGUUGGUGGAGCGGGGGUUUUCAGAUAAUGCUUUAUGCUCAUUUAUUCUCACUGCUGAAACAUGCUUUAUGUAGAUUGCCUUCUAUAUUCAUGCGUUAUAUGAUACACCAACCUGAAGUUUCAUAUUACCGAAGUUUUAGUUUUAUUUCUCAGGGGUCGGGGUGGGGGGUGGUUAGGAGAUGAUAAGAUGUAUCUACAUUUCCUUAAAGUUUUUUUCUUUCUCUGGAAAAUUGAAGGCCAAGAUCUUUUCAGCCAAGCUUGUUUGAAGAGCCACUGUGCAUUGAAAAAGUUUGAAUAUAGAUAUGUCAAGGUUGCAAUGUAUUAUUGUAGAUACUGUACUAAGUACCAAUGUACUACAAGAAAUACUCAGCAGCAGUACUGUAGCUUUAUUCAUUACUUCCAGCCAUUUUAACAUGGAAUAAUGUUUCAGUGGACCCCCGAUGACACAGAUUGACUUAUUUUGUAAUUUUUCGAAGACAUCAUUUCAGGGAGAGUUGACUAGCACUCAUGUAAUUCAUGUGGACAGUUUUGAUUACAUAUCUAGGAAAGCCCAAACUUUAUCCGCUGAAGUGUAGUGUAAUUUGUGAACAGAGGGGGCACAAUGUUGUAGCAAGAGCUCAGAAACCUGGGGUCUCAUUGGAGUUUGCGUUCAGUGGCAUCUGUUCUAAAAGGACUUGUUUCACCGACCGUGUUUUCCCCAUGUGUCCUGUCCCCAACACACUUUCAUUCUUCACAUUGCUCGUACAGAUGUGAGUUUUCAUACUUCUGAAAACCAGGCCUGGUUCACAUUGACUGGGUCAGAUAAACCCCCCUUUGUAAUUAAAUUAUAAAUCAAUGUUUUUGUUUUAUUUUUAUUCUAUUUUGCGAUGCUGAUUUGAAGAAAUAAAAACAUGUACAGAACAAUAAUGUACUUGUAACAAAACUUAUUAAA